AUGGGUAGCUGUUGUAGCUGUCCAGAUAAAGAAACUGUCCCAGAUAACCAUCGAAACAAGUUUAAGGUUAUUAACGUGGAUGAUGAUGGUAAUGAACUGGGUUCUGGCAUAAUGGAACUUACCGACACAGAACUGAUUUUGUACACCCGGAAACGGGACUCGGUAAAAUGGCACUACCUCUGUCUGCGGCGCUAUGGCUACGACUCCAAUCUUUUCUCUUUUGAAAGUGGUCGAAGGUGUCARACUGGGCAAGGAAUCUUUGCCUUUAAAUGUGCCCGUGCRGAAGAGCUGUUUAAUAUGUUGCAAGAGAUAAUGCAGAACAACAGCAUAAAUGUGGUAGAAGAACCAGUAGUAGAAAGGAAUAACCAUCAAACUGAGUUGGAAGCUCCAAGAACCCCUCGAACACCUACCACUCCCGGGUUCAAUGCACAAAGCCUACCUAACGGCUAUCCCAGAUAUCCAUCUUUUGGAGAUGCUUCCUCACAUCCCUCCAGCAGGCAUCCUUCUGUUGGAAGUGCACGCCUCCCCUCUGUUGGUGAAGAGUCAACGCAUCCUUUACUCGUAGCAGAGGAGCAAGUGCACACUUAUGUCAACACUACUGGGGUGCAAGAGGAAAGAAAAAACCGCUCGAGUGUGCAUGUGCCAGCRGAAGCGAAGCUCCCAAACGUGGAAACGAAUAAAGCGAAGGAGGAUCAGGUGUGUACGGAUGACAGAGAUGCCCAGGUUCUCCUCGAGCCUGAAGGAGUCAAGUUUGUUUUAGGACCAACGCCUGUGCAAAAGCAGUUAAUGGAAAGAGAGAAACUGGAGCAACUUGGGAGAGACCAAGUUGGCGGCAGCAGCACAAACAACACGGAGUGGGACACCGGGUACGACAGCGACGAACGGAGAGAGACGCCGUCUGGUAAUAAACUGGUAUAUGAAAAUAUCAAUAGGUUAUCAAUCCCUAGUGCCUCCGGGGUCAGGAGAGGUCGUCUGACAUCGACCAGUACCUCAGAUACCCAGAACAUUAACAACUCUGCUCAGAGGAGAACUGCCUUGUUGAACUAUGAGAACUUGCCCUCCUUGCCUCCCGUGUGGGAGGCUCGCAAGCUGAGUAGAGAUGAAGAUGACAGUUUAGGACCAAAGACCCCAUCUCUGAAUGGCUACCACAAUAACCUAGAUCCGAUGCAUAAUUAUGUCAAUACAGAGAAUGUAACAGUACCAGCAAGUGCUCAUAAAGUAGAAUUCUCACGACGUCGGGACUGUACCCCAACAGUCUUCAACUUUGACAUUAGGCGUCCGAGUUUAGAACACAGGCAGCUCAACUACAUACAGGUUGACUUGGAAGGUGGCAGUGACUCYGACAACCCUCAGACUCCCAAAACCCCCACCACUCCACUUCCACAAACUCCAACCAGGCGCACAGAGCUGUAUGCUGUGAUAGACAUUGAAAGAACUGCUGCUAUGUCAAGCCUGCAAAAAGCACUGCCCCGAGAUGAUGGUACUUCUAGGAAAACUAGACAUAACAGUACUGACCUGCCUAUGUGAGCCUGGAAAGCAUUGAAUCAUUUGCACCUUUUUGUGAAGUUUAUAAAAUUGAAGAUGCAAGUAGUUUGCAUUUCUUAACACUAACGCCUUUUAUAGACUAAUAGAACUUUUUCUGCAUACUUCAUGUACUUGUCUAACAAAAGGGAAUUAAUGUAGAGCAAAUACUCAUUUUAAUAACACUAUUUCAUUCUACGGUAGUAGGAAUUACUGCAUAGCAGCGUCGCCACCUUUCACAGUGCCUCUUUAAAUGGAUUAGAGCCUGAGUGACAUGGCAGUUUUGAGUUUAUAAAUAUUCUGGUCCGGUGCCUGUAGUCGUGAAUGGCAUUUGUAACACUUUCUAAAGCCUCUUGGUAUGUGCAUUAUUUUCAGGUAAAUCUGAUUUUUUUUAAAGGUACAUAUCUUUACAUUCAGUCUUCAUUCAGAUGGCUCCUCCAGAACGAGAUGUAUGUAAUUCAUUAAUUCAGUUUGACUUAAACAAGGUAUUUUGGUUCAUCUCAAGGGAUAUAAGUAACACACUUUUAAAUGUCUUUUUUUUUUUUUUUAAGACCACAUGGGCAAGAAGGCCUCAAAUUCCCAGUAGUUUUCUUAACUUGUGUGAUAUCUGAGAGGUCACGUCAAAGCUUGCUUGGUCGGAGCUGUAAGUGCAUCUGAAAAGAGCCUUAAGUCACUUCUGCCAGAAGAAUUUCGAGUGAUGUAUGAAGUUCCCUGUGAAAACUGACAUAAUUCUGAUCUCCUUAGUCAUUUGUGAAGGAAUUCACAGGUUGGCUGUGUGAAUCAAGGCUCUUUGGCCAUUUCUUAGUUCACCGUGCCUUCUUUUCAGUUGUAUGUUUCUUUCUCCUUGUCCUAUAACGUCUUAAGCGUCUACAUUUUGUACAUAGCUUUAAUUAUUGUUCAGGGUUCUUUGUGUUCGUCGUAUUCUCUGCGUUUGCCAGAGAGAGACUCUUGAAGGUCAAAUGGUUGUCUCUGUCCAGUGUUGUACGUGUUUCUGCGCGACCGAAGUACCCCCCGCGUUAUUGCACACCUGGAAAGGGUAACGACGCAUCCAAUGUCUUCCUGUGAAGCACCACACACAGGUGACGUGGGAGGCAGCGUCCUGGGCUUGGGAGUUCUCCACAGCAGUUUGUGCAUUCGAGCCGUGUGCAUCCAGAGGUGAUAGUCGUCUUUAAUUUAGAAAGAAUAUAUAGUAAGUUAUCUGAAGGUAGGGUUAUCUAUGAGCAGAUUUCCUUUCUUUUGCAGUUGGUGAAUUUUUAAGAGCUGCUCAGUGUUACAGGUACAUCCAGGUAUCGUGCAUUUGUUGCAUAUGCCAGCUGCAUCCUUAGCUACUUUUUUUUUUUUUUAAUUUCAGAAUAAUUUUACAAUUCUGGCACUAUUUCCAGUGCACCUGGAUAUUAGUGGCAGCAGGGAAUACUCUUGAGCCAGGGGUUGCAAAGGAGAUGGCACUUGCGUGAGCUGGUGUGAUUAAAACAAACAAACAAAACCUCUUGAACUGUGUGUAAGGAAAACAUGUGCAAGAAAAGCUAUUGGAGGAGCUGAAGAAGAAUUAACUGUCUUCAUGCAAUAUCUGARGCUUUAUUAAAAGCAAAAAUAUUUCCAGUCUCUUAAACUGGAGGGUAUUUCUGUUCCCUUGUUAACUUUUUSUUUGGUCUUCUCUCAGUUUAGUAGUGGCAACAGUUGACAGUGCCUGAAAUCCCUGUUCCUUGCCAUGUCUUUAAGGGAUAGGAUCAGGCAAGCUUUUCACUCUGUGAGGUUUUCCUUAGUCUAUGGUACUGAAACACCAGCUGCACAAAGAACAGCUUGCACAAGGCAAAAACGGGAGUCACUGYGAGCAUUAGGAGAGAUUUAAGAGAUGAAAAAAACAAACUUUUCACCGAUGAUUUCCCUGUCAGCCUAUGCCUCAUAUUGUGAUAGGCUUGUUGAAAUGUGCGGAGUGCUCAGGAAGCUAAGGAGAAGCUAGAGCUGGACGUCUUGCAGGUCUGCAGUGCUGCUAAUGCUCCUUCACACCUUUGCCAUUGCCUCAUACUGUGCCAUAGACCAGUCSUGCUCUCUGCUGAAGAGACGUUGCCGCUCUUUGUUCUGAAAUGCCUAGUGGAUGAAUGAUACUGGGGUGAUUCUUGUUCCGAGUUCAUAGCUCACUUAAAUUUGUGAGUCGCACUGACGCUUUAGCGUGUGUUGGAGGCAAAACUGUUGGAUCUGUCUAGCCGCCUAGAAAUACUURGACCUCAAGCAUAGAUAUCUCAGAAAUAUUAGUUAAUUUGAUCCUUUAAACAUACCAGUGAGGCAGGAAAUAAUAUUCUUAAUGACAACUAGAGGAAGAGACUUUAGGUAGACCAUGAGAGUUAAGAGACCUGCUGCAAUUCCAGAAGACAAACAUUCCUCCUUAGUUCUAGUGCAUUCUCCUAUGCGUUGAUACUGAAUAGCCUCAGAAAGAACGGAUGGGCUGAGUAGUGUUUGCUGUUGCAAGUCUGUAGGUCACAGUGCUUCAUGUGUGUCUGUGUGUGUGUGUUGGGGGCGGAUAUUUUCCUAAUUCUGGUGCCUGGAUUUAAGGACUAACUCARAUGUCAGCUUCUGUGGUUUUUGAGUGCUUAGUCCUGACAUUUUGUCAGUAUCCCGAAUAGCAAAUGCAUCCAGCAGAGUUCAAGGGAAAACCUUCUGUAGCCUUAAUUAUGUUAACCAGUCUGACACAGUAUUUCCUAGGAAUAUCUUUUACCCUCUUUCAUCCUGCAGGUGGGAUAAUGCUUUCCCUUUGUGUGUGUAUGUGUGUAAGCUGGAGAAUUACUGUGUAGUUUCUGUUCCCUGUCAUCAGAAUUAUUUUUGUUUCUUUAUUUUCUGCCCCUUGAAGUAGGUGUAGUUGCAAUGCACUUUACCCUUGGAGACUUGGUAAAUAUUUUUGCAGUUCAGUCUCUUUAAAGGUUGUGAUGUUAGAUUCACUGUCUGUAGAUUUAGGGUUCAGUUUUCAGCUGAGAUCUCUCCACAGUAUUUAGACCAUAUUUAUUCGGGGCUCACAAAUGUAUAGAGUGAGAAGCUACAAAUAUGUAACAGUUUUCUUUAAUGAUUGAGRCUUGUUAAUUUUACAUAAGCCGUGUCCUGCAAAAAUGGUGACAUCUCCUUCGGUUCCACUUUUCAUCCAUAACCCGCAACUGACUGCGGCUCUUCAAGCAUAUGAAGUGAGGGAAAGCCUUAAGCUGUAGGUACUCCUUAAAUGCUCUGACUUGUGAAAAUAAAUGCAACACAGAGUGUCUUUUAAACAAGGAAAAUCAAUUUAUAGGAAAAAAAAAGCAGCAGUGGCCAAAAGUACAUAAUAAAACUUGCAUGAUACUGUUGGCGAGAGCAUUAGAUGCGUUAGUUGCAUCAGGAAAGCGAUAUUUUCUUUCUCAAAUAGAUAUCAGGAGGAGAUGCAAUUUAAACUUUGUAGUGUUUCCCAAUGACUGACUUCAUAAAACAAUAUAAAAAAAAGCCUGUUCUGAAAACUAACUGACCUUAGAGCACUCUGUUUUCAAUAGUGUUUCUAAAAUGUCAACUAUACAGGUGUACUGAUGAGUACGUUUGGUGUGCGGCAGGUGUUGAAUGUGAGGGUGUGCAUUCCAGCCGGAUUCCUGCUCCUAGUUAAGCCUACAAAACCUGGUGAAAAAGCCUACAUGCUCCAGCACGUUUCAUACCUUAAAAUCCUUCAUUUAUUUUUCAAGAUGUUUAGUUAUUUGUGUGUUUGAAACUCUGAGUAGGAUUUGGGUGCAGCGAGGUCCCUGGCRAGGCUGCUGUUCUGCAGGUGCCAGCCCAGCAGCUGCUUUUGUUGGACGUGGGCCCGAGUGCAUCGGCUCAAAAUCUGCCUCUAAUUAUCCUAGUUUUAUACGUGAGCAUGUCCACAAUGAGACCGAAUCGGGAAAGAGCAGGUUGUCUUUAUUCACUUCUGCUGAAGUUAAAAAAAAAAAAAAAACCAAAAAAGGCAAUUUCUGAUUGAUUUCAGUUACUACUUGGAGCCUACAAUGUUGGAUCUGGUUUGGACCUCUGUUUCUUAGCAGUAUUUUCUGUGUCGUGUAAGGUGGAAUCAAUGGUGAAAAGGCAAUUCUGCACUGCACUAAUUUAUUUAUGGCUGCAAAUAAGAUUAAAAAAGAAAUGACUAGGAGCUAAUAGUGGACUUGAGUGUGAAGUUUCCCCUGCAGGAAGCCAAAAGAAGCUUGGGCCUCCAGUUUGAUGGGUAGAAUUAGGUACUUCCGGAAUUUAAUUAGAAGAUCUUUGCCAUCCUUCCCUAGAGGUAGCAAUACAGGAGUUUAUAUAUGACAGUAUUUGCGUAAUAUAAACACAAGUUCAUUUAUGAUAACCUUAUUUUAAAUCCAUAUACACUCCAAAAAAAAAAAAAAAUCCAGAAGAAAUUCCACCACAAAAGACUGCGUUAAGAUGGAGUCAGGGUUGCUGAUGUCCUUCUUACAUAAUAAAUACUAAAAAGACAGUCUUGAGUAAGGAGCUUUCACAAUCUUUAGAAAUUCCUCUUUUGGACAAGAUAAGGGAAUUAAAAAAUAGCAACUGUAACUCUGACCACGUAUAUGUUAUUUCUUCUAACAUUGUGCUGUAAGGUUUAAUCAAGUCUGUCAGAUUUUUUUUUUUUUUAGGAUAUUAACCUGGUGUUUACUCCAGAUUAACGCAGUAUUUUGUUUGGAAGUCUGUAGGCAUACAAAUAGAGUAUGGGAUAGAACGUUACCUUUCAAGUUCAUCAAACAAGUGUUGGAUGCAUCUGUAUUUUUAUAUAUUAUAAAGGGCAUUGAAAUUUUUUCUUGCAGUUUUCAUAAUUAUUUAGUGUGGUAAAUAUACCUAUAUCAUGACAAUGUCGUCUGAUAUAUCCAUUACGUUGGUGUAAUUCUAUUUUAUGUAGCAAAUACGUGUAUAUACAAAGGAAGUGACGUUAAAAAAGGAAGGAGGAUGGUUAGAAGCAGGCGGGAGCCCUUGAGAUCAGGGCCUGUGUGUGAGUGUGCGCAAGUGCUGGGAGCCUCGGCUCGAGAGGAGCCUCGGCAGGACGCGCCCCUCGCCCCGGGGGCCAGGGCAUGAAGCCUGGGAGCUUUGGUGUCACCGUGGAACCGUCGCUGCUGGCGGGCAGGACCCGGGGCUCGCAGGGGCCUCCCGCAGCGUCGCUCGGAGCCGGAGGAGCUGCGCUGUUGACACGGGAUGUGCUCCUACACGAUCCGCUUCUGCUGCCGUAACAGCUCCGUUGCACCCGGGGACCCAGUCGGUCCAGUUCURCAGGAAUGGUCUAAAAAUACUGUAAAAAUAUAAAUAUAUUUAAUUACACGWACCGAAGAAGAUCCUGUUUGUUGUGGUCAGAGUUCAGAUUACUAUGUGAAUUUUGAUUUCUUAGUCAUACUUGCAUAUAUAUUGCUUUAUUCUGUAUGCGAGGGGAAGUGAUUCUAAAGCGUGUGAAAGAUCAGGAUUACACCUGUAUUUUUAAUGKCUAUGUUACUUAGGACUGGAUCUCGGCAAAUUUAACUCCAUAUUAAUGCAGUUUUUUUGCAUUAGAACAUGUGUAUAUCAUACACCCCCC